AUGGAAGAAGCUUUCCGUAUUAAUCAGAGAAAAAGUCGAAAAGCAAGAAAUGACAUUGCCGUACAAGGAACUAAUGAUUCGAGUAUAUUAUCGAAAGUCUCGAUGGUGAAAUUGGGAUACUUUAAUGAUUUAUAUCUUCGAGAUUUCGUAGACAAAGAUGUUCGACGUUCACCCUCGAUCAAUCGAGGAUAUUAUAUUAGAAUGAAAGCGUUAGAUUACGCGUUGAAUAUGUUCUAUUCAACUUAUGAUCAACGAGAAGUGCAGAUUGUUAAUUUAGGUGCUGGAUUUGAUGCAACUUGGUUCCGAUUAGAAGAAGAGCGAAAACAGCGAACGCAUUUUAUUGACAUCGAUUUUCCUGAAGUAAUGAAAAGGAAAUUAGCAUUGAUAGAAGUUCGAUCUCGAUUAAGUGAACAAUUUGAACCAGUGCAUACAUUUAGUUCACUAGAUAACUUCGCGGUCACUAACGAAAAAUAUUCAUUGAUUGGUGUUGAUAUGCGUGAUUCAUUGACUCUCAAUACACUUUUACAAACAGUGAAAGUUGAUGAAACUAAGCCGACUUUGUUAAUCAGUGAAGUCGUGUUAACAUACAUGGGUCGAUCUAGUUGUAAUCGUGUUAUUCAAUGGAUCCUCGAUUUUUUUCAAGAAUGUAUUCUAUGUACUUACGAACAAGUUCUGCCAGAUGAUGGUUUCGGUCAAGUUAUGGUUGCACAUUUCGCCAAAUUAGGUUCACCUUUGAAAUGUAUACAUCAAUAUCCCACUAGUGAAUCUCAAGUCCAACGUUAUACACAUCUCGGCUUUGAUCUAUCAUUGUGUGUGAAUAUGCACAAUUUCUAUCGGAAUGGUCUCUCAUCCGAAGAACAUAAUCGAAUAGAUUUAUUAGAACCAUUCGAUGAAAUUGAAGAAUGGCAAUCGAAAUGCGCCCAUUAUAUUCUUCUUUUCGGUUUGAAAACACCAAUAAAUGUAGCACAGCAAUGGUUUGAACAAAUGACGAAAGAUUUCGUCUCAAUUAUUCAUUUGAGAAAAGGAGCUCUACAAUCAAAUUGUAUGGAUGAUCAAUUGAAAGUGAAUCUACAAUUUGAACUUUAUCCAACUUCGAUGACGUAUGCUCAACGUUUUGGUCAUCAAUCGAUACUGAUCAAUGGAAAAUACAUUUGGACAGUUGGAGGUUUCGGAACCGUUGAUGGCAGACAUCGACGAUUGAAAACAAUCGAAGUAUUAAACAUCGAAAAUGGCGAUAUACAAAGAUUAGAUAAUCAUCUGCUCGGAGAAUGUGUCUUUCAUACGUGUCAUGUGUCGGGAGAUUUCAUCUUAGCAUUCUUUGGUCGAAAAAGUCCAGGUAUACUCAAUCCAUGUUCGUCUAUUAACAUUAACACACUCGAAAUUUCGAAUUUCAACGAAGAUGACAAAUUUCUUCGGCGUUGGCGACAUUGUUCUUGUUACAUUCAAGAAACUGAUAAAAUUGUUAUAUUCGGUGGCAAAAACAGUAUGUCACAAUCAAACAACGAUACAAUCUGUUUACGAACAAAUGGCCAAUUAAUUCCUUCGCAGUUUUCGCAGCUGAUACCUACGAAUCGGAAUUCUGCUCGUUUGAGCGCUUAUAAACACUUUGCAAUAUUAACUGGUGGAUUAUUGGAAAAUGAAGAGCCAACUAAUGAGAUCUGGUUCUUAGAUACCAGUAAAGAUCAUAUGACUUGGACGUUAUUUCCAACCAAUGGACAUAUCAUUCCGAGAUAUUCACACACUGCAGACAUUAUCGAUGAUACACUUUGGUUAUUAGGUGGAAUUAAUGCAAAUGAACGACGACCACCGGGUUUAUGCAAGAUCAAUUUAAUCACUGGCGAAGCUGUUGAAUAUCUCAUACCGGUAUCCACAUGUGCGGAGCAACCAAUAAUUCUUUACAAUCACCAAACAGUAUUAUUGAAUAAAACAACGUUUCUGAUAUUAGGCGGCGGCGGAAAUUGUUUUUCUUUCGGUGCUUUGAUUAAUCAACCGAUGACAUUAAAAUUCGAUCAUUUAGUGAACUGA